AUGGCCGAACCUCACGUACAUGUUCCGUGUGUACCGAGAGAAAUAUUUUACGAACAGUUGGAUGCCUUGAAAAACAAACAGACCAAAAACGAAUCACAGAUAACGCUUUUUAUCGAGGAUUCAUUCUUCGAUAAAGCAAAAGCCUAUCUUAAAUACCAGACCGAGAUGCAGCUUGGAAUUCAAUCCGAAGAACCCAUGCUGUCGAAGUGGGAAAAAUCAACAGUCAUAAUAAAGCAGUGGGCUUAUUCAGACAACUCAGUAAUAACACAAAACAAGAGAAAAGUGGUCCCUAAAAGAGACAUUCACAAUGUGUUGUCCCUCGCUCACAAUCGCACUGCUCAUCGUGGUCGACAAAUUACUUCUAAAUGGAUCAGUAA